AUGCAGAAACACGCCCCAUCCCCGGCGUCGCAGCCAAGCAGGCUCACCCUCCUCGACUUGCCGGUUUGCGUCAUUCUAAUGAUCGUGGAUAAAGUCUUCGAGCAUUAUUUCGACGAUUACGAAGGCUACAUCACGAACAAAAGCGGAUAUGACAUGGUAGAAGAAAUCGACACAGGGCGAGGCGAUACCUACCGGGCGUUCGACCACUGGAAAGACUUAUCUCGAAUGGCAGCAUCUUGCAAGCCAUUCUACAACAUCAUUACUCCCAUUCUGUACCGACGAGAUGUCCAAUUCAACCAUUCAUCCGCAUUCCUGCUCUCGGCCAAGAAGGGAAAUCUUGACGGGAUUCUCAAGUCAAUCGACCUUGGACACGCCGAUCUCAACAUGGAAGACCAUACAGACUUUGUGGAGGACGAGGACAUUGACUGCCGUUCCUAUGGUGUUGAGGAUCGUUGGAGAGAGGGCGUCACUUCCACUCUCACCGCUCUGCAUCUGGCUGCAUACCAUGCGCAUCCUGCUGUCGUCGACUUCUUGCUGAACCAUGGCGCUGAUGUGCAAAAGAGGGCCGACAUAGGACCCAAAGCUCGACCUGAGCGAAUGUUUAUCCACCAGCAAGUUUACAUGUUCUCCCAUACAACUGAUGAGUAUGACAUCGUCUGCAAUGAAAACGAGACUUCACCUCCCUUCGGGGCAAUCGCCCUGUUCUUCGCUUUGAAAGCAGGCCAAUAUCCAUCAAUACCGCGUUGGAGGCGUCACGUUGUUCAGACUGAUACGAACGGUAUCCGUCUUUAG